ACCUUUUAACAGUAGAACAUAACUGCUCCAUACACUUUAUAUCAUAUGAUUCACCGAGGUAUCUAGAUUUUCGGAAGAAGAAAUUUAAUAUUCAUAAUAGUUCCAUCCGACAGAACUGUGUUUUAUAGAAGACAAUCUUUACAAACAAAUUUCUUCUUAACAUAGAAUGAGCAAGACACAUAAUUUUUUUCUAGAGAUGAACGUGAAGAGAAUCAUGGAUGGUGAUGGAGCUGGAAACACCAACUGGGUGAUUAAGGAAGACAGCAAUGAUUCAUCAUCUAUUGGACUCGUCUCAGAAGACUCAAUGGAUUCUGUGUGUUCUUCGUCAGAGUUAACCGACGACGCGUCCUCUUCAACACCUUCUUCAUCAGCACAUUCAAAUGGACCUUUAUAUGAAUUAUCAGACCUCGUGAACGAUCUCCCUAUAAAAAAUGGAUUAUCUAUGUUCUUUCAAGGGAAGACACAGUCUUUCACUUCUUUAGCUAGGGUGCAGAGCAUAGAAGAUCUUCCUAAGAAAGAUACAUCUUAUAGAAAGAGAAUGAAAUCAUGCAGAAGUUUUGGGAGAGUCUUAGAUAGACACAGAACAUCGUACACUCCAAAGGCUACAAUAUCCAAGAAAGCUUCAAGAAGGUCUUUUGCAUCAACAAUAACCAAAAGAAAGAGUUUCCUUGGAGGGUCUAGGCCUUCCAUUGUUGUUCACAAGAACUUUUGAGAUUCAGCCUGUUAAAUUAGAGUUGUUGCUUAUUUGGGGUGAAAAAAUCGGGAAAAUUGAGUCCUGCAAUUGCAUCUUCAUCAGCUUAUUGAAUCAGCCAUAUGAUCAGUUAGCUACAUAGUAGAUUCAUUAUUGGUUUAUUUUUCAUGGAGGUAUGAUUCUUACCUGUUACAAGAAUUACCAGUCUGACUCAAUGAUUACCUUAAUUCAUGUGACAUGCACCAAAUCCUCUUUGAGAUCAAACUUUAGGUUUUCUCUUCUCUGCAAGAUGUAUACAAUUUGUGACCUGUAUAUAAUUUCUCAUAAUUUUGAGGGAAAACUCCAAUAUACUAUCUCUUAACUUUA